AUGGAUGCCACCGAUGUCUUCCGCCAGGGCUUUGCACCGUACCCCCCGCGUCACCAGCAGCCGGCCAGCUCCCGCCCCCGCAAGGCCCAACGCGGAGGUGGCGGCGGCGGCGGUGGUGGAGGAGCUGAUGACGAUGGCGAUGGAUCGUCGCAUCGCAUAGCGCAUACCCUCACAGCCUGUUGCAGGUGCAGACAAAGGAAAACACGAUGCGACCCGACCCUGCCCCGCUGCCUGCCCUGCGAGCGCUCCAACUCGAUCUGCGAGUACUUCGACACCACCAAGAACAAGAAGAUCAGCCGCUCCUACGUCGUCAAGCUGCAGGAGAAGGUCCGCCAGCUCGAGAGCGACCUCGCCCAGUACACCGACGACACCGAGUUCCCGCGCAACCUGUCCGACAUCGUGCGGCCCGGCGGGCUCGUCCGCCUCGACGAGCGCGACGAGACGCCGCGCUACCUGGGGCCCAGCAGCGGCAUCGCCAUGACCCGCCUGCUCAUGGAGGAGGCCAAGCGCUUCGCCCAGACCACCAAGAUCUCGGAGCUCAUUCCGGACGAGUUCAAGGCGCGCAGGGCCGAGCGCGCCAACCGCAUGCAGAGCAUCGUCGGGCUCGGCAGCAUCAGCGGGCCCAGCGCCCGGAGGAAGAGCUACCCGCGCCUCAGCGCCGGUCCCCAGCUGUCGCUGCCCAACAAGGCCGUCAUUGAUAAGCUGGUCGAGGCCUUUACGACAAGAGCGUUGGUCUUCACCCCGGUUCUCCACGAGCAGGUCUUUGCGAAAGACCUCGAGGAAGUCUGCAACGGCAGCACUGACCCCUACAAGAACUUUGUCGUGCGCAUGUUUCUCGCCAUCAGCCUGCAGAAGCUCGACACCACAUAUGCCGGUCUCGCCGAUGGGUACUGGCAAGCUGCCAUGCAGGGCUUUGAAGAGGUGGUCAGGCCAAAGGAUCUCAAGACGCUGCAGUGCCUGGUACUCAUCGGCGAGUACUCGCUCCUGACGCCGACUCGGACGAACGCCUAUCACAUUAUCGGUCUUGCAGUGAGGAUAUGUCAGCAGCUGGGCUUUGGGGAGGAGAAGACGAUAGCCAGCGGGUUCUCCGUCGACCCGCUGACGCUCGACAUGCGGCGGCGGCUGAGCUGGAUUGUCACGACGAUGGAGUUUGGGCUGGCUCACAGCAUGGGCCGGCCUGUCGGCUUUGCCAAGGGCGACGAUCUGAUGGACGUGGGUUUCUUUGCCGACGUGGACGACUCGCUCAUUACGGAGCAGGGCAUCAAGCCCGGCCCGCCCAGCGAGAAGAAGCUCGUGGCGAUACACUUUUGCAAGAUGCGCGUGUGCCAGGCCGAGAUCCGGCGCACGCUGUACGAGAAGGAGCGCCACGAGCCGCGCGACGAGAACGACCCGUGGUUCAAGCAGAUGGAGCAGAAGAUCGAGGCGUGGCUCAAGGCGGUGCCCACCGAGCCGCAGUGGUGCAAGCCAUGGUUCACGGGCCAGUACCACACCAUGCUCGUGUUUCUGAACCGGCCCACGCCGCAGAUCCCCAAGCCGUCGCCGAACGCCGCCAACAAGUGUUUCGAGUCGUCCGCCUACCUCAUCAACCUGUCGAGCCAGCAGAUCAAGCAAUCGGCCGUCGACAUCACGUGGGUUUUCCUGCUCAUGCUCUACAUGUCGCUCAACACCGUCCUCUGGGCGGUGUCGUACUCGGACGUCCGCGACGCGCACCCCAAGAAGGAGGUCGAGGAGCUAGUCAACAUGGCGCUCGACAUUAUCGACCAAUGUUCCGAGCGCUGGCCUGGUUCCUCGGCCGCGGCGGAGCUGUACUCGACCUUUGCCAAGGCGUGCAUGCAGAGCUACGAGAUGGCCGAGGAACCACCGUCAUUACUAGACAACAACUAUGCCCCUACGCCAUUGACGCUCGCCAGCACAGACUCUCCGACACCGCCGGACCCGUCCAUACCGAACGCAAUGGGGAUCAACCAGCCUGGUCCACCCCCGAUGUUCAACCAGGGUCCAUUCGGCACCGGCUACGACUUUUCAGCGCCUCCCCAGCAAGUAGCCAACCCCUUUGGCUUCGGCGACCCGUUCCAGGGCGGACAGGCACACCCUCAGUUCCGCUCAAACUCCAUCUUCAUGGACCCUGUGUCCAAUGACUCCGGGCGCAGGAUGUCAUACUACCCUCCCGAGGCGACGCCGCCGGGCGACGACUCAAUACCCGAAGAGCCGACGCCGCCGGCGACGACGACGCCGCAGGCCCUGCAGCAGUCGCCGCCCAUCGGCCCGCCGGUGCCCAGCCCGCACGAGGCGCUCAUCACACCGCCAAACACGAGCCAGACCUCGCUCUCGCCGCCGAUCAGCAUGCCCGCCAGCGGCUCGUCGCCCACGCCGACGCUGUCCAACGCCAGCCCCAUGCCUCCCUUCUCGGGCAACCCGUCGCCCAACCUCGUCGGCGUGGCCAAGUUCGACGGCGGCAGCGCCAUGCCCGGCCUGAACCGGCCGCAGCCGACGGCGCAGCAGAUCCAGCAGCCGCAGCCGCAGCACCAGCAGCGCACCGUGCUCCCGGGGGCGUUCACCAUCCCGGCCCUGCCGUCGCAGCAGACGUGGCCCGGCGCGCCGCCUCCGCAGCAACAGCAACAGCAGCAGCAGCAACAGCAUCAUCAUCAGCAGAGGCCGCUGCCGCAGGGGACGACGGUGACGGACUGGUUCAACCCGCCGCCGCCGUUCAUCUCGCCGUACGCGGCGUUCGCGGGGAUCAGCGGCGGGCCGCCGCAGCCUGGCUCGCAGCAGAGCGCGUCGACGAACAGCAUCUUUGCGGACCCGUCCUCGACGGCCUUUUCUGGGAUCGGGUUCGGGAGCGGGACGCUGGGGGCUUCGUUUGAUGGGGGGAUGACUGCUCAUGGUGCCGGUGGUGGUGGUGGUGGUGGUGGGCACCACCAGAUGCCGUUUGCGGGAGGCGGGGUGAAUGGGAUGGGCGGUGGCCCGUCUGGGGAUGGGUUUGGCGGCGCCGGUGCUGGUGCUGGUGGGGGGUUCGGAGGAGCAGGAGGGCCGGAGAGGCAGGGGAGUCUGAGCCAGGAGCAGCAGGUUGAGCUUAUGGGGAUGCUGGAGACGGAAGGGCUGGGGGAGAUUGACAGCUUUUUGAACUUUGGGGGGGAUCUGGGGGGGUUGAGGUGGUAA